AUGGCUUCGCAAACCCGACACAUCGGCGACCCGCCCGCGGCCGGCCAGCUCGUUGACCAUAAUGGCAAGCGAUACACGACGAUCCAGGAGGGCGGCGCCUACAUUCUGGUGCCUCAGACGGCAAAGGACGCAGCCGACCAGAAGGACAUACGCAACAAGGAGGGCCCAGUCCAGUCGGUCUUCUACAACCCGAUUCAGCAAUUCAACCGCGACCUGACCGUCCUUGCGAUCAGGGCGUACGGAGAAGAGAUGGUGGAGAAGAAGAAGGCGAAAAUCGAAGCAAAGAGGCAGCUGCAAGCUGGUAAGAAGAGGAAGCGACGAGAGGCAAGGAAUGCAGAUGGCUCGAACAAAGCUGCCAGAAUAGACGGUUCCUCUUCAAUCCAUGACACGACGACCGCCACCGCCACCGCCAUCGCCGACGCCGAUGUACAAGACGAGAACCAAGCCGCGCCAGCAGCAGACGAGAUUACUGUCCAGGAGGCUCAACCUUCCACAGCGCAGGUGACAAGCACCAAUGGCUCUGAGCCGCAACAAGGUCAGGAUCUGUCCACCGAAGAUGCUCCUGUCGAGGGCCAAGCCGAGCAAGCGAACGAAGGUGCCAACGGGCAGGGUGUUCAGACAAGCAAGAAAGAACACCAGCCGUCCUUCACCAUUCUGGAUGCCCUGUCUGCCACCGGCCUGCGUGCCUUGAGGUAUGCCCAAGAGAUGCCCUUUGUCACCAAGAUCACCGCCAACGACCUCGACGCCUCUGCGGUGGAGUCCAUCAAACUCAACGUGCUCCACAACAAGUUAGAUAGCAAGAUCGAGGUCAACCACGGCGACGCUAUCGUCCACAUGUACUCCAAGAUAGCCGCACAGCAGACGCUUACCGAAAAGGACAAGGGGAGGGGCAGGUGCGAGAAAUACGAUGUCGUCGACCUCGACCCGUACGGCACCGCCGCGACAUUCCUCGAUGCAGCCGUGCAAGCGGUCCGUGACGACGGCGGCCUCCUGUGUGUCACCUGCACCGAUGCUGGCGUGUGGGCGUCCAACGGCUACCCUGAGAAGGCCUUUGCCCUGUACGGCGGCGUGCCAGUCAAGGGACUCUUCUCUCACGAGGCCGGACUGCGCCUCAUUCUUCACGCCAUCUCCACCUCGGCCGCCCGCUACGGACUGGCCAUCGAGCCGCUCCUGUCGCUCUCCAUCGAUUUCUAUGCCCGCGUGUUUGUCAGAGUAUCGCGGUCGCCCGCAGCCGUCAAGUUCACGGCUGGGAAGGCCAUGAUCGUGUACAACUGCGACGUCGGUUGUGGAGCGUGGACGACCCAGUUCCUGCUCAGGAACAAGGCGCAACCGAACAAGAACGGCUCCGGCUCCUUCUACAAGCACACGAUGGCGCAGGGUCCCACGGUGGACCAGCACUGCGAGCACUGCGGCCUCAAGAUGCACCUGGCCGGCCCAAUGUUCGGCGGCCGGCUACACUCCCCUGACUUCAUCAGGCGCAUCCUGGACAAGCUGCCCGAGGCGAGCAAGGAGACGUACGGCACCACCGAGCGCGUCAGGGGCAUGCUGACCACCGCCCUCGAAGAGCACCUGGAGGAAGCCGAAGCCGAGGGCGCCCCGCCAAAGUCCAAGGACGACGCGCUGGCCGAGGUCGAGCCGUACCCCUUCUUCUUCCUGCCCACCGCCCUCGCCCGCACGGUGCACUGCGCCACCCCGCCCGAGGAUGCCAUCCGUGGGGCGCUGCGCGGCCUGGGCUACCGCGUCACUCGAAGCCACUGCAAGCCCGGCAGCAUCAAGACCGACGCGCCGUGGGGCGUUCUCUGGGACGUCAUGAGGGAGUGGAUCCGGCAGAAAGCUCCCAUUAAGGAGGCCAACAUAAAGCCCGGCUCGCCCGGGGUACAAGCUUCUGGGGCUCGGCCGCGGCCGGUGGCGCGGACCCCGAGGGCGAAGGAGGAUGGUGGUGCGGAGGAGAAGCCGGAGGUCGUCUUUGACGAGAAGCUCGGCCGGGAGAAGUUCAAGCAGAAGCUCGUCAGGUACCAGACCAACCCGAGGGAGAAUUGGGGUCCUAUGAACCGAGCCAAGGGACAGUGA